UCUCCGCCGCCAUGCCGCUGUGGGGCCGGUGCCUGCUCUUUGCCUCCCUGCUGGCCGCCGCCACCUCCGUCCCAUCUCCCUCCUGUCCCGAACGCUGCGAGCGGUCCCGUUGCCCUCCGGUCCCCGCCUCCUGCCCCGGCGGCCCCGUCUUGGAUGCCUGCGGUUGUUGCCGCGUCUGUGGGGCGGAGGAGGGCGAGGUCUGCGGCGGUCCCGGCGGCGGCCCGCCCUGCGGUGAGGGGCUGCAGUGUGUGGUACCGCCCGGUUCCGGUGUCCCUGCUUCGGGUACGGUGAGGAAGCGAGCGGCUCUGGGUCGCUGCUUGUGUUCCAGCAACGAACCCGUCUGCGGGAGCGAUGCUGUCACCUACGCCAGUCCCUGCCAGCUCCGGGCCGCCAGCCGUCGGGCAGAGCGGCUCCUCCAGCCCCCCAUCAUCGCCAUCCAGAGAGGAGCCUGCGGGCAAGGCCAAGAACAUCCUAACAGCCUGAGGCACAAAUACAACUUUAUUGCAGAUGUGGUGGAGAAGAUAGCUCCUGCUGUGGUUCACAUUGAAUUAUUUCGCAAACUUCCUUAUUCAAAGAGGGAGAUCCCUGUUGCCAGUGGUUCAGGCUUCAUCGUCUCAGAAGAUGGACUGAUAGUGACAAACGCCCACGUUGUCACCAACAAAAACAGGGUGAAGGUGGAGCUGAAGAAUGGUGAAACAUAUGAAGCUAAAAUUAAAGAUGUGGAUGAAAAAGCUGACAUUGCACUAAUUAAAAUAGAUGCUCAGGGUAAAUUGCCAGUUCUUCUGCUUGGUCAGUCUGCAGACUUGAGGCCAGGGGAGUUUGUGGUUGCCAUUGGAAGCCCCUUUUCCCUCCAAAACACAGUGACCACAGGGAUCGUCAGCACCACGCAGCGGGGAGGGAAGGAGCUGGGGCUCCGCAACUCCGACAUGGACUACAUCCAGACAGAUGCCAUCAUCAACUAUGGAAACUCUGGAGGACCCCUAGUAAAUCUGGAUGGUGAAGUCAUUGGAAUUAAUACAUUAAAAGUUACAGCAGGGAUCUCGUUUGCUAUCCCAUCAGAUAAAAUCAAAAAGUUCCUGACUGAGUCCCAUGACAGACAAGCUAAAGGAAGAGCUAUAACCAAAAAGAAAUACAUUGGCAUACGAAUGAUGUCCCUCACUUCUAGCAAAGCUAGAGAGCUGAAGGAUCGCCAUAAAGACUUUCCUGAUGUUGUCUCUGGGGCCUACGUUAUUGAAGUCAUUCCAGAAACACCAGCUGAAGUUGGUGGCCUGAAGGACAAUGACGUGAUUAUAAGCAUCAAUGGACAGUCAAUAAGCUCAGCCAGUGAUGUCAGUGACAUUAUUAAAAAGGACAGCACAUUGAACAUGGUUGUACGCAGGGGCAACGAAGAUGUGAUGUUGACAGUUGUUCCAGAAGAAAUUGAUCCCUAACCAGAAACAUGAGCUGGAUUUCAUGUUUUCUUUUAACAGCAUUGGACUGCUUCUUAUUCUCUCUGUGCUGGUACAGGACACGUUAGACUUCUGACCAACAUUCUGCUUGUUCAGUGGAUUAGUAUUGGCCAACAGAGUAACUUCUAAUAGGUUUAAGGUGCAAAAUCAGUGUAAUUUCACAUACUCCAGAUGAUAAUUUUUUUUUUUUUUCCUUCUGUAUCAUGUAUGCAAUGUAUUCUUUACUGGCUAUUACAUCCCCUGCUUAACAAAUGGAUGUUUGCUGCCCUGUGUUAAAUAAGUUCACCAUUAUUUCUGCUAAGAUUUAAACAAACCCCACGCACACAGGGUGUGCUGUGGUAUUCAGGUAUUUAUAGGUUAGCUGUGUUUUAACUGGAAAUACCAUUGUAAAGCAGUAGGUUUAAAAGAAACAAUUGGAGGGGGGGGGGGGGGAAACCCAAGAAAUUUCGGUUUAUAAACACAAAGAAAUCCCAACCCAAAUAACCUUUUGAGGGUCCCAUUGCAGGAUUUUAAUACUAUGAUAUUUUCCUAGUGUUAUUAAAAGAAUUCAACAGUA